GUCUCUUCUUUUCUACAUAACAGAUUAACCCACAGGAAUCUGCAUAUUUUUGGGGAGACAAAGUGGCAUUCCUUCACCACAAGCAUGAGUCUUGAACCUCCCAAGCCAGAAAUCAAAUCAGCCACCAGAGUGACUGGAGGGCCUGUCUCCCCGAGGAAAGGACCCCCCAAAUUCAAGCAGAGGCAAACCAGGCAGUUCAAGAGCAAGCCACCGAAGAAGGGUAUCCAAGGAUUUGGUGAUGACAUCCCUGGCAUGGAAGGCUUGGGAACAGAUAUCACUGUGAUCUGCCCCUGGGAAGCCUUCAGCCACUUGGAACUCCAUGAGCUGGCACAAUAUGGCAUAAUCUAAACACACACAGAGGCCAGAAAUGGGCCUGCAUGUGUCUGCCUUCCCUUCAGCAGCAGGACAGCUUCUGUGACCUUCCUUUUAUCUAUGCUCCUAGCUCUGCAAAUUAAUUAUCCCAGUAGUCAUCAGCUCUUGGCUUCCAGCAAUUGAUAAACCCAAAUUAAUAAACA